AUGGAAAUUGGAAGCCCCAUGGCUUCUCUCUAUCUUCUUGGAAAUCCUGACCAUUAUACCAGCCACAAAUUCACUCUUUUCUAUUGGAAAAUUUAUGUAAGGGAGGCAUGGAAUGCAUGGUUAGAUACAGAAAAUAAUACAACAGAGUCAUUUAACACUGAACAUAAAGAUGCACCAGACAAAGCCAUUUUGCAGAAGUAUGAUGGCACAUACAUAGGAAUAUCAAGUGUAUAUGAUUAUAUCUAUCGCCCAACUGCUUAUGAGCACAUGUCUCUAUAUGACUGGAUACAUAAAGCCAAAAAAGAGAAGUGUUCAAAAGAAGAACAGCAAUAA